CAGCAUAAUAAAAUGGCUAAUCAGGUGAAUGGUAAUGCGGUACAGUUAAAAGAAGAGGAAGAACCAAUGGAUACUUCCAGUGUAACUCACACAGAACACUACAAGACACUGAUAGAGGCAGGCCUCCCACAGAAGGUGGCAGAGAGACUUGAUGAAAUAUUUCAGACAGGCUUGGUAGCUUAUGUCGAUCUUGAUGAAAGAGCAAUUGAUGCUCUUAGGGAAUUUAAUGAAGAAGGAGCCCUCUCUGUAUUACAGCAAUUUAAAGAAAGUGACCUGUCGCAUGUACAGAACAAAAGUGCAUUUUUAUGUGGAGUUAUGAAGACCUACAGGCAAAGAGAGAAACAAGGCAGCAAAGUACAGGAAUCAACGAAGGGACCAGAUGAAGCAAAGAUUAAGGCUUUGCUAGAGCGGACUGGUUACACUUUGGAUGUAACUACAGGGCAGAGGAAAUAUGGGGGUCCUCCUCCAGAUACUGUGUAUUCUGGUGUCCAGCCUGGCAUUGGAACAGAGGUUUUUGUUGGUAAAAUUCCCCGAGACCUUUAUGAAGAUGAGUUGGUACCACUCUUUGAGAAAGCUGGUCCAAUUUGGGAUCUGCGUCUCAUGAUGGAUCCUCUUUCUGGUCAGAACAGAGGUUAUGCUUUCAUUACCUUUUGUAGUAAAGAUGCAGCACAAGAAGCAGUCAAACUGUGUGACAACUAUGAAAUCCGUCCUGGAAAGCACCUUGGAGUAUGCAUCUCCGUGGCAAACAACAGGUUAUUUGUUGGGUCAAUUCCAAAGAACAAAACUAAGGAAAACAUACUGGAGGAGUUUGGUAAAGUCACAGAGGGUUUGGUGGAUGUAAUUUUGUAUCAUCAACCUGAUGAUAAAAAGAAGAAUCGAGGAUUCUGCUUCUUGGAGUAUGAGGAUCACAAGUCAGCAGCACAAGCUCGCCGACGCCUGAUGAGUGGGAAAGUAAAAGUCUGGGGAAAUGUUGUUACAGUGGAAUGGGCUGAUCCAGUAGAGGAACCUGAUCCAGAAGUCAUGGCAAAGGUUAAAGUUUUAUUUGUAAGAAACUUGGCCACUACUGUGACAGAAGAAAUUCUUGAGAAAUCCUUUUCUGAAUUUGGAAAGCUGGAAAGAGUAAAGAAGUUGAAGGAUUAUGCAUUUGUUCAUUUUGAGGACAGAGGUGCAGCAGUGAAGGCUAUGAAUGAAAUGAAUGGGAAAGAGAUAGAAGGGGAAGAAAUUGAAAUAGUAUUAGCAAAGCCACCGGAUAAGAAAAGGAAAGAGCGUCAGGCUGCCAGACAGGCCUCCCGGAGCACUGCGUAUGAAGAUUAUUAUUACUACCCUCCGCCUCGCAUGCCACCUCCUAUGAGAGGCCGAGGCCGUGGAGGAAGAGGUGGAUAUGGCUAUCCCCCAGAUUACUAUGGCUAUGAAGAUUAUUAUGAUGAUUACUAUGGCUAUGACUAUCAUGACUACCGUGGUGGCUAUGAAGAUCCCUAUUACGGCUAUGAUGAUGGCUAUGCUAUAAGAGGAAGAGGAGGAGGAGGAAGGGGUGGGAGAGGUGCCCCUCCACCACCUAGGGGGCGGGGAGCACCACCACCAAGAGGUAGAGCUGGCUACUCACAGAGGGGGGCACCCAUGGGACCGCCGAGAGGAGCCAGGGGGGGGAGAGGGGGCCCUGCACAGCAGCAGAGAGGACGUGGUGCUCGUGGAGCCAGGGGCAACCGUGGGGGCAACGUAGGAGGCAAGAGAAAGGCAGAUGGGUACAACCAGCCUGAUUCCAAGCGCCGGCAGACCAACAACCAGCAGAACUGGGGCUCCCAACCCAUCGCUCAGCAGCCGCUCCAGCAAGGUGGUGACUAUGCCGGUAACUAUGGUUACAAUAAUGACAACCAGGAAUUUUAUCAGGAUACUUAUGGGCAACAGUGGAAGUAGACAAGUGAGGAGGGAUUGAGAAUAUUGGAAAACAUAGAAUUGGCUAUAGCUCUACAUCUUUCAAAAAAAAAAAAAAAAAGAAAAAAAUUGGCUUAAUGUUUCAUCCUUCAGUAGCGAUUGGCUGCCAUUUGUAUUGGGCUGAAGAAUCACUCUAUUGUGUAUAUACUCGAGUCUCUUAGUUUUCUUUUUUCAUAAACGCACUUGGACAUUACUGGGCUUGCAGAAUUCCUGAACUCCUUAUGGGGUCUCAGUGCUUUUAUCAUUUUAGGCUUCACUUUAGCAGUUUAAAAGCAGGAAUGGCACACUGUUCAAUCAUGAUUUUGCAGAACCUCUGGUUUUGGACAGUUUCUUCUCUUUUUUUUUUUUUUUUUUUUUGGAUUUGGGAUAGACUACAUAGGAGUAUGCUGUACAUAAAAGUAAAAGCUAGUGCUUUGUCUUAGUAGUUUUAAGAAAUUACAACAAAUUAAGUUUUCUUGUAUUGAAAAUAACAUGAUUGUAUGUUUUGCAUUCCUAGAAGUAGGAUAACUGUGUUUUUAAAUUGUUAUAACUUCACACCUUUUUGAAAAUCUGCCCUACAAAAUUUGUUUGGCUUAAAACGUCAAAGCCGUGGCAAUUUGUUCCUUGAUGUGAUUGUAUUUCCAAUUUCUUGUUCAUGUAAGAUUUCAAUAAAACUCAAAAAUCUAUUCAAAACAUUACCUAUUUCAAAUUCAAUUGUGUCCUAAAACAUUAUUUCAUUGGUAAUUCUUGUGAAAAAUAUUGUUUUCAAAGUAUAACUGCCUAUGUGAGUGAUCAAAUUCGUGCAAAAUUUCCUGUGCUUUCCAACAUGUAGCACUGUGGACAUCAGACUGAAAACUAGGAGAAAUUACGGACAGCCCAAAAGGCACUCACUGUUUAAUUGCUGUUCAAUAAUUUAUCAGCAUCUAAUUUUGAAACUUUUUUUUUCCUAUUUAAAAGUGUUGAAUUGUAUCCAAGCAUUCACAGAGAUCUGAUUAAAAUCUAGUCCUCUAAUGUAAUGUGGAGAAGGAAGCAGAUCCUACAAUGGUGUUAAUUUUGUUCCUUUGGUGAUGUCCUGUGGAGGCUGUUCUGGUAGGAUCCAGCCUUACUGUAUAAUUGAGCCUACAGACACACAGGGAAAUUAUUUUGAUCUCAAGCAUCUUAAUCUAAUCUCAAAUAAUAUUUGACUAGGAAUGAGAAUUACAGCUUGGGUGCUAUGGCACGCUAAAUUAAUUUCUUGCUACGGAUAACACGAACAUACUCUCCAGAUUCUGCUUAUUUCUAUCUUGACAUUUUAAUUUGAUGUUCUGCCAUGAUGAACAAUUUGCCUUAGAAUUCUCCUGCCUUAAAAUAAAGGCUGUUCAAAAGUUUAAGACUUUAUCUUUUGAGGGCAUUGCUAGCUACAUUAUAUUAUGUGUUGCUUUGACCCUUGUCUUGGACAUUCCCAGAUGUCAAUUUUAACUGGCAAAUCAUGACAUUACUCUUGUGUUGCAUCUAAGCCAUUCUGUACCACAAUGAAGAACAUUUGCUUCUCAAGAAAAGAGAGAAACAAACGGAUUUAUACUUUCUCUAAAGAAAACUAUUGCCGGACCUCUAAAUAUCCAAAUCCAAUGCAUUGCUCAUACUUGAUUUACAGCAUUCCAAACACAGACUAUUGAGGAAGUUAAACUUCAGUGGUCAUACUCCUCCCUUUGUCUUCUAUUCCUGUCUGGUGUCUCAAGUGUGUAAUGUCAGAAUAUUCCCAGUAAGAUGAGGCUCCCCACACUGCUGUGGAUCUGGAAUGGGAUUGCAGGGUUUGAGUUGGGACCUGAAUCGAAGAUGUCUGUCUGCUUCUCAGAAAUGGGUUUGCCCAUGUCAGCCUCUUCCAAUUAAUAGAAUUGGUCAUAAAUAGCUUAAAAGUGCUUUUAAAAAAAUCAAUAUCUAUUAUGUUGGGGUUUGGGGUUUUUUUUCUCCAGUUAUGGAGCCAAACCAUGUCCUCUCUGUUUCUUACCUGAGCAGUGAACUCAGAGGGCUUUGCCUGAUUAUACACUUCAGGCUUUUGCUCGUGGUAAGGAUGUGGUUUGUAAUUCUGUUCUAACACAAAUUUUUGCUGCCCUAUCUGAAUGACUUUCUGGUAGUUCUACAGCUCUUACAGUGCUGAGCAGAACCCUGUAGUCCCAAUAAGUAUUGACUUUUCAGUAUUCAUUGUAAAGGGGAUCUAGUACAAGGAGCUUAAUUGGAAUCGUAUUUCAAGUGCUCUCCAUCUUGGCAGAAGGCAGUGUUCCCAUAUUGCACUUUAGCCAGGAGAGGUGAGGUGCUAGUGAGGGCUGUGGGGGGACUGGGGGGGAGUUGAACACCUCAGUUAUAGUGGUAACAAAAGAGCUGAGAAACAAAAAUGUUAAAAUUGUCUUCCUCAAGAACUGUAAGGUUGCAUCUUGUAUUUACUUCUCCCCAAAUCAUCAUUUCUAUUAGUAGUUUUAGUAAAUAUGUGGAGUGAGCUAUUAAUUUUUAUAAUUGAAAAUCAUAACAGUUAAACUCAGUAGAAGUUUCUAUUUGCAAGAUAUACCAAGUUCUUUGAUUUACAUGGUUUAUGGCUACUCAAAUUCACCUUUUAAAUUUGCAGCAGUACUUUUAUUUAAUCCAUAGAUAAGGUGUGCUACAGCUUACUUGAAUAGUGGUGUGUGCUGAACUUGAAGAACUUAAUGAAAUGAUGGAAAAAAUUAUCAACAAAGAUACUGUAGUACAGUGGAAAACUACCAUGCCUGACUCAAAGGAAGAAUUUCUCAGCACAAUUUGGACAUCUAGUUAAAAAAUAAAUUUAAAUUUACUCUCGUGCAUUUCUUUUGAUUGUUUCUUCAAUAUAACUGAGCAAAAAUCCUCUAUAAUAUGUUGAAAAUGGAUUUCAACUUGCACACCAAUAUUCAGCUUUUAUGGGUGUCCUGCUGGCAUUGGAGGAGGAGCCAUGAAAUGGAGUUUUAAUAAUCAUUUGAUCACUCAUUUAUAGCAGUUGCUUAAAUGUCUGUAUUGAUAAGGUGUUUGACAUAAGAAGCAAGUUACCAGACUCCUAGCAGUUCCAAAACUCAAGCAAAAUACUUUACAGCUACUGUGUUAUUAUAUAAUUAAUUUCACUUUAUUAACAACUUAGUUUACUAAACUCAACUUAAAAUUUUACUAUUGCAUUCAACAGAGUUUGCAUUUUUUCCAAGUGUUUUCUAGCAAUUGUUUAUUUUUAAAUCUCAGCUUCUGUAGUCUGAUUAUUAAAGAAUGACAACUGCAUUGCUUAAAGCUUUCCAAAAUAAACUCGAAGUAGAAGAUCACCGCAUGAUUUUGGUGACUCUGUAUAAAAACCUGACCACUUUUUGUCCCUUCUCUGUUUGGACAUUAAACCCAUUUCUAUAAUUUGAACUCCACAGGAAAAAAAAAUACAGAGGGCACUCUUAUUAUAAGGCUAGGAGAGAAACCAAUGUGAAGUGCUGAGCAUAAAGUCUUAAACCUCUCAAAAACAAUUAGUACCAAGACCCAAAGACCCUACUGAAUGAAUGCAUUUUCAGCAAGGAUUAAUUGUUAUCUAAAAGUGCUGGUGGCCCUUCCAUAGAACAGCCAGGAGCUCUCCUAGAAAUCUGUCAUCAGCAAUCUUUGAUCAGGCAUGACUUGAGGAGGAGUAUGUGUGUGAUGAAGGAUUGCUAGUGAGGUGGAGGCUGUCAGUGGAAUUCUGUCAUUCGUGUGACCUCUGUGAGUAGCUCAGAGCCUUAUAGAAAGAGUGUACCACGUUGUGUUCCUGUUUAUUCUAAAACAACAACAAAAAGAAGUUAGAGCUUCUGUUAACUUAGAACUUGAAUGAAGCUGUUGUAGUCUAUUGGCUUAAAUUGUCCUUUGAAACCCAGAGCAGUUUGGUUGAGCAUGUAUUAGUUGAUAAAAUGUGUAGAGUAGGGAAAAAAAAAAUCAUUUGUACUGAAGGGAAAACAUAAGAAAUGAUGAAAAUAGUCAAGGUGGAUCUGCGAUACUUGGUUAUUGAUCAGGAACUUCUGAAAUUUUAGAACAGGAGAAUCCCUCUGAAGAAAUGUUUUAACAACUUGGAGGUUACCAGAAGCUCUGAAAGACAGUUCAGAAUAUAUUUUCUGAUGUCCAGAAAUCUGCAAGUGUCAAUUUUGUAUUUUAACUCCUUCCUUUUACCUGACUAUCAGGGAAGCGUGCUUGAGGCUGACCUGACAUGUCAUGAUGUCGACUUGCUAGGUGGGGUUCGCAGGGGACAUUAACCUUGGAGUUCUAGGUAAGAAAACUUUCUUUCUCAUUUCCUUCAGUAAGAUGAAAGGGUUGGUGUGGGAGGAGGGAGGAUAUGAGCUCCACAGACCUGAGCACUGGAAUAGCUUUCAAAAUCUGCCAUUACCAUGGAGAGAUUGCAAAUGUGGAAGGUAAAAGUUGAGGUUAAAUCUGUCCAUGUUCAAGAGAGGCAUAUGGUAUAGGUUCUUGAAAUUAAUUUGAAAAUAAAGAUGACUUGCACUUCAGAAGAAAGGUGGAUGCUCUUUUAGGAGUGCUGGAAGCAUAAAACAUUUUGAACAUUUAAAUUUUUCCUCUCUAAUUAAAUCCAGGUAUGGGUUGGAUUUCUUUCCCCACCUGUGGAAAAGCAGAAUUUGCAGCACACUUCUUCAAAGCUUAAGAAUGCUGUUAAGAAAAGUGUCCAAGUAGAUCUCUGGAAAAUAAUAAAAUUUUGCCUUGGAAAUAACAAAACUGGCAUAUCAUGAGUUUGAAUCAUUUAUGUAUUGAACAUGAUAAUGCUUAGAAGUCAUUAAUCAAGAGAGAAUGGCUUUUGUACCAAGGACAGCUGUAGUUGAUCCCAUUAUAAAAUCCCACUGGAUUUUGAUAUUCAUCUCUUUUUGUGGAAGGCAUAUGUUGAUUCUAGACAAACAUAGCAAAAGCUGAAGAACAGGUUUGCAAAUCAAAUACUUGGACAUGUUGAAUUCUUCAUGGCACCUGCUCAUCUUGCACCUUUCCUCAGCCAGCAGACUUGUCUUUUCCUGCUUGUUCAUGCAGUCCUUGGAAAGGAGCAGAGAAGUUGGAAAAGCUUUCUAGGCUAGAGGAGCAUUCCAGGUGCAGUCAUUGUGGGACUGAAUAGCAUGCCAGUUGUGACAACACCUGCAGAAGAAAUGUGCCUGGUGAGUACAGGUAUUUUGUAAGGAAUUUUCAGAAAUGAAGUAUUUGUUUCGUUCCAGAUAAACCUUACUCGGCAUAGCACGACUUGAGAACAUUAUGAUCACACAAAGUCAUCAGUGUUGUUUCACUUGGAAAAUCAUAAACAGAAAAAAGAGGAUCUCUUAAUUCUGGAGUUUCCAGUCUGCAUGUCCCAUAGAGCUGCUGGUAGUGAGUGCAGUAGGAUGUGUUGCACAUGCCCAGGUGGUCUCUGGGAAAGGAAGCAGAGGGCAAGGUCCUUACAGGAGAAAAAGCAACUGAAUGGAAUUGCCUUUUGCACAUGUGGAAUUUGGAGAUAGCUGGAAAUGAUGGGAAUGGGACAUGCUCCUUUCAUAAAACAUCAGUCUCUUAUCAGUGAAGUUCAUGAGUUUAAAACACAAUGUCAGUAUGUAUUUGUGUGAUUGUAAGCUGCCAAAUUGCAUUAAAGACAAAAAAAUAAAAGGGAAAAAAGAAUGAAAAGCAGACCAAAUUCCAGUUCUGCCCUCCUUGCUUCAGACACAAGCUUCUCUUUUUUCCUUCUUCAGCACCAGUGAGUGUACAGUGUUCUCAUUGGAUUCUCCUGUUGAACUUCUGUAGAGCUUGUGUAAGUGUAGGAUACACAGGUUCUGUUUUUAAAUCUUCACAGCAACCUGUGAGAGGUGAUUGUAUUUCCAUUUUAAUUUCGAGGAAUGAGCAUCCAUUGUAUCAGCACCUGUUCACAGGACAUUAUUCUUUCUGACAUACCUUCAGACAUUUCACAUUUGGUGUGCAGAAGGUGCAUACCCAGCUGGAAUUUCAGAGGAAAUGUGGUGUAAGCAUUAAUUUCAUGAUAGGAGAGGAAUCUGAUUCUGGAGAGCAUGCAGCUGUCUUAGCAAUGGAUGCUUCUUUCUGUUCUGGAAUUUCCUGCUGUGCUGCUUUAACUGCUGCAGGAAAAGAGAAGUGAAAUGCUGCAUGGGCUAAAAGUCCUGUGAUUAAAAAUACUUGCAGUUCUUAAGAAAAGCCCAAACCAACCCAACAACCUUUGCAAAAAACCCAAAGUCCCAAACAAGGAAAGACAGCCUGGCUGUGCCCACAGCACCCUGGGGACUGGGCAGCUUUUCCUGCUCUCCCUGGGAAGGGCAGAGGAGUUGCAGUAGAGUCCUUGCAGGUAGGUGGUAGCUGGUCCUGUUUGGGAAACACCCAAUAAUGCAGCAGCUCAGCUGGAUCAUUUUUCAGUAAACAUGAAUUAUUGGCAGGGGUGGCUCUGAUCUGACAUCAGAUCUCUGGGGCCUCUCACCAAAGUUUGCUGUGUGCCACUCCAGGAAGAGGAAAAGAGCUGGGAAUUCUUAUUGCUUUCUCUUUUUGCUGGAAUGGGCAAUUUUCAGGUAUUUUAUAAAUCUGCUCAUGCUGCAGUAGGUGUUCUCUUCCCACCUUGGCAGUGUCCUUGGUGCAGUAUCAGGAAGGUCAGAGUUGAAAGGGCUGUGCUGAGGGGUUCAUAGGGCUCUUCUGGGAAUCCAGAGAUCUUGCACAGUGCUGAAAAUUAGGCCAGGAGAAUAUUGCCCUAGCAUUCAGAGUCAAGUUCAACAGGGUCAAAAACUGGAGGGCUGUAGAUCAUACAAAGGUCCUUUAAUAGCCAGAGAGCUGAGCAGUAGCUCAUAAAUAAGGACAGUCAUGCUUAUCCCAUUGUGCUUACUCCAGAAAUUUGAGCAGCCACCUUUAUUCUCCUGUUUCCAAACAGUUCUGGAUUAAAUUUAAAAUUUUUGGUGGACACAGCUUUAAAGAUGACUCUUAAUCAUAACCAUUUCUGUCAAAUUUGGUUUUCUGCCCCACCAAUUUUCCUUCAGCUAUUAUUUAGGGGUUCACUACAAAAACCCUAUUAAUGAAUACCUAGUCAAUCUUAUGCCGUUCAUGUUAUUUUUGAUUUCUGUAGCUUUGAUUUUCAAACUGCUGUACAUUUGCAGGAUGCCAAUACAUUGCAUUGCAUCUAAUAAGCAGUCUGUAGGCUUUUUGAUAGAGCAGUGCUGAGCUGAACACACAGGUCAGAGACAAAAUUCAGUUUCAGGUUGAAGAGUGAGUCUGUAGCAGUUCUGGUGAACUUGCCAGCAGGAUUUCUCAGCUGCUUCUCAUUCAGAUCCUAAGUGAUACUUGACCAUCAAGCAGUUCUUGCUGCUCUCAUGCUGGACAAACCAAUGAUUAUAGUAGAGACAUUGAAUUUAAGGUUCCAUAGAAAUGAGGAUACUUAAAUCCCUAAUGGUAGCAUUGUAGCUUCUCACUUCUGCUCUUCCUUUCCUCUCCCAUUGUUGGUUGGAUGUUCACCUGUACUUGUCUCCUCAUGUAGAGAGAAAGAGGAGAAAAGCAUUUCCUGCAGUGUCUUGGAUGUGUUGAGCCAACAAGCUGCUGGUGCAGAUGCAAAGCUCUAUUGCAAGGUUUGAGAUUUUUUUUGAGUGGACCUUGCUGGUUUUCAAAUGAUUUUUUUGAUGUGGUAUGUAAAGGUAAAAAUACUGGAGGAUUCUUCAAAUUUCUUUGAUAUUAUUCCUUACCUACCUGAAGUAUGAGAACUUGAGUUACUAAUUUCAUCAGCAUUUUUAGAUGAUAGAUCUUGCAGAGAACUGUAGGCACGGACUUAGGAUCUAAUUUGCUCAUAAAAUCAUUUUAUACAAAAAACAUUCAUCAUUCAUCAUGUUUGUGAAGCAUUAGAACAUGUAUUGUCUUUAAUGUUCUGGUAAACAUUAAAUCUUCUCUAUGUUUCUUUCAUGGCAGUUCACAGAAAAUAAAUACGCUUUUUUCCCCUCUCCUUUUUUGCUUGACUGACUGUUGGUUGUAAAGUUUUAGCUUUUUCUCUCAUGUCAAAUUGAUGUUUUCUUCUAUGUGCCUUAGGAGUGGGUUCAGAAGGGUUUGCAGUGUAGCAUGUAAAAUCGAAAGGUCACAAAUUAAAUCUGUUUCACUGGCCAAAGUGGGAUCUGUGCAGUGAAGGCUGCACCUUCCCCACUGAGGGAGGCUGUGUGGCCAGAGAGGUAUCUCCACCAAUGGAGGUUAUCUUAGAAAUAGCUUGAAAAAUCCUUUUAGCAGCUAGGCUGGGGUUUAAAAUAGAAGCAGCUAAAGAACAUCAAAUGUGUGGGUGUAUCAGUGGAAGUUACUGAAAUGAAAUACAGAUGUGCAGCUAUUUGAGUAGCUCUGUGAUAUUUCUGGUAUGAGAUGUGUGUGGUGUGGGAUGGGCAGUGUUUGUUUACACAUCUGGGAGAGCACUCCUGUGGUUCUCACUGGUAAUUGCUGUGAUCAGCUCCACCCCUUCUUUCACCAAGCAAUAAGUAGUAAUGGAAAUUUGCAUUUCAGGAAUACAUGAAAAGCAACUCUUCUGUUCCAGCAAAGUCUGGACUCUAGCAUAAAGGUUUAGAGUCCAGUUUUGUGGUGGGAAUAAUCAUCCUUCUUCUCAGAGGCAGCACUUGGGAUGUUUUUUCCUUUAACUUCACUUUCCUUGAUUUUUCACUCAGUUGAACUUUUUAUACUGAUUCUCUGUUUUCUGUUCUCUGAUUAUCCAAGGACCACAUAUUUGAGUUCUUGGGGUUCAGGUGGGAUAUCCUGACUUUCCAUGAGGAUUAUUUCUGCAGGGUAGAACUUUUUGGCAUUCUGAAGAAAAUUGGCCUAUUUUAUGUUAGAAUUGUCUUGUUUGAGCUGUCAAGUGCAACUGAAAGCCUGAGUCUGCAGACAGGAUCUGAGCAGUUCCUACUGACACAGGCUAUUUUAGUGUUGCUUUUAUGUGAACAAAGGGUGCAAGUGAAUUAGCUCAGAAAGUUUUCUACUCAAUAUUUCUACAGAAUGAUUGACCUUGGGAAAAAGAGGAGACAUCAGACAUUUAGGAAAGCAGUCAGUAGAGGCUAAUGAAUAAAAUCCAAAUCCAAAGUAACAACUGGCUUGUAGGCUGGGUAACCAGGAGAGGAGCAGGAAGUGCUAACAGUAAAUAACAUCUCU